AUGUCAAGAAGCAACGAAUGUUAUGACUAUUUGUUUAAAUAUAUUGUGGUGGGAGACGCGGGUGUGGGGAAGACGUGUAUUACUAGACAAUUCUUAUACCAUGAGUUUGAUUCUAAAGAGCUGACUACCAUAGGAAUAGAUUAUGGCCACAAGACGUUGUCACUGUAUAACAGAAAAAUCAAAAUAGCUGUGUGGGAUACCGCUGGACAAGAAGCGUUCAAGUCCAUAGCUAGAUCAUAUUAUUCGGGAGCUGCGGCUUGUAUAUUGGUGUACAAUAUCACUAAACGCUAUUCGUUUCAACACGUCAGUGAAUGGUUAAGAGAAGCUCGACUUAACUCUGGCACCAGAAUGAUGUUCGCGUUAGUGGGCAACAAAACUGAUUUAGAAAAUAAUAGAGAAGUAGAACGAGUUGAAGGUGAACGCUUUUCUUGCAAAAAUAGCUUAUUAUUUUUUGAAACUUCGGCCAAAACAGCAAGUAACGUAUCAGACGUUUUCGAGGAGUUAGCAAAACAUUUAUACAAAAAAGUCAUGAGCGGUGAAAUUGAUGUCAAUAGACCGAUAUCAGGAGUUAGACUUGGCCGCAAACGCAGCAAAUCAGAAAUAGUGAAAAAUCAUGCAAGUGAUUGUUGUACGUUUACAUAA